AAGUGACUGGAACUUGGUGCUGUAUCCCAGAGCAGAGAGACUGAAAGCUGGGAGCUCAGUUCAUCGGAUGGGCCUAAGGGAAGCCCAAGCAGGGUGGAAGAGCUUGUGGGACCCUGGAAGGAGAUUGAACUCUGAAAGUGACCCAGUUGGAGGGCAGAGCCACAUGAAUCCCUGGGAGAGGCAGAAAACCCAGACUCUGGAAAUCAGAUCUAAGCUAUCCUGUGACUGACAACUUUACAGCUACACCAAGAGGAGGUGUUAAUUUACUACCGGCCUACACUGGGAGCUAACAGCUAUCCUGUUCACCCCCUGACCAAGCUCUACUACUCUGGCUAGCAAUCAGGAACCUGCAUCCAUUCCCCACCCAGCAGAGGGACGAGUAGCAGAUUCUCCAGCCUGUUGUCUCUGACGAGACGCACUGAUUGGGAUCUGCUUAUUCCACAGAUCAAAAAGGAGCCAGAGAGCCUUCCUGGUUCUUUAACCACAGGACACAGCAGCCUUGAAGCUUUCCCUCUGCUUAAGCAGGACAAAGAAAGAGAGGAAAAAUGGCCGAUGAUAGGAAGGAUGAAGCCAAGGCACCGCACUGGACUUCAAGUCAACUAACAGAGGCUUCUUCACACCCGCAUUCCCCUGAAAUUAAGGAGCAAGCUGGGGCAGGUGCCGGAUUGGUCAGAAGUGCCAAUGGAUUUCCAUACAGAGAGGAUGAGGAAGCAGCAUACGGUGAACGCGGGCAACAGGGCACAUACUCUAGAACCAAAGAGAAUGGGAUCAAUGGAGAGCUAUCCACAGGAGACAGAGAAACAGCAGAGGAAGUGUCUGCAAGGAUAGUCCAAGUAGUAACAGCUGAAGCUGUAGCAGUCCUGAAAGGUGAACAGGAAAAAGAAGCCCAGCACAAAGAUCAGCCUGGACCAUUACCUUUAGCAGUUGAAGAAUCAGCUAAUCUGCCUCCAUCCCCGCCUCCAUCACCAGCCUCAGAACAGACUGGAACACUGGCAGAAGAUUUACUUACAGCUUCGAAGAUGGAAAUCCGUGACCAGGAGGGCACAGGCCCUUUCACAGCUGAGCCAUUAGACACAAAGGAACGUGAGUCAGAGAAAGACAGUAAGACUGGUGAGCAAUCUAAACAUGAUGCCUUAGUUCCACAGCCAAAAACUGAGACUCUAGAUAAAAAGGAGUCAUGGGGCAAAGAAGAAGAGAAAAUGCAUCCAACUGUGUCGGGACAGACUUUGGAUGCAGAUCUGCAAAAGAAAGGGGAAGUAAGUUUUGCAGACCCAGGUGCUGAUUCAGCUGCAGAGCCUCUUGUAUCUCAAGGACACAGGGACUUGUCAUCUGACCUGCCGAAGGAGAGUAAAACAGAUGAAAGGAGUACAGAUACCCAGAUACCAUCUAACCAGGCUAUACCCCUGAAAUAUAAAGAUGACUUUACAGAAACCCAGAAGAGUAAUCUUGCUCUUUUGCCUUCAGAAUCUAGAAUUGACGUGUCUAGUGCUGCCAGAAGUGAACCUCUUUCAGAAACUCCAAUGACUGUCUCACAGAAAUCACAACUUGAAGACAGUUGCAAAACAAAACAAGAGUUCCCUGACAAAGAGAUUGCCAAAGAUCUUUCGAAAGAUGAAAAGAUCCACAAAGACCAAACAGAAAAGCCAGAGGCAGGAGAAGUCUCAGCAAUGGCUGCAGAUGCCCCCAAACCAACUACAGAAGAAAGACCCAUCCAGAAAGUUUCUACAUGGGGGGAAGAAAAGGACAUGACAAGGGACGAGAGUGAUGAGGAGGAAAGAUACGGCUUCCUGGAUUGGCAGCCCUCCAAAGUAUUAGAUGAUACUAAACUUUAUGCAGAGCAGGAAGAUAAAAUAGUUGUUCUAGACAAAGCAGUUGUUAGUGAAGCUAAAAAAUCAUCUGAUGGUCUCAAAGCAGAAGAAGAGACUGAUCGAACUGGAGUCUCAACAGUAGUAGAUGCCAAAAACGAAGAGCAGCAGAGCACAGAGACCCCCACUGGGAAGUUAAGCCAUGAAUCAGUUCCUGAGAAAGCAAAAGAGCUUAUAGAUACAGAUCACUUAUCUAAAGCAACAGAAAAAGCUCCUGAUGCACCAAGGUUAACAAGUGAAAAGGGCCCAACUCAUGAACUUCGUCAAGACAGAACUAUUGAAAAGGAUGCUAAGGAGGAUACAUUCCAUAUCUCAGAUUCAGCUACUCAUGAAAUACAGGUAGAGGAGGAUAGGUCAGGAAUGUCAAAGUAUUUUGAAACAUCUGCUUUGAAAGAGGAAGCAACAAAAAGUGACACACAGCAGCAAGGCAGUGAUUACUAUGAACUAAGUGACACUAAGGAAAGUGCAUAUGAACUUUAUCAUGCAGAUCCUCUAUUAUCUAAAAAAGAAGAAAAGAAAUUACAGCCAGAAACAGAUCAACCAUCCAGUGACCCUGCUCAUGAAAUAGGAUAUAGUACUCUUGCUCAGAGUUUUCCCUCAGAUAAGUCUGAGGAACCUAGCUCUCCACAGGAGAGGAUGUUCACUAUUGAUCCCAAAGUGUAUGGGGAUAAGAGACAGAUCCAUAGUAAAAAUAAAGAUGAUUUAACUCUAAGCCGGAGCUUAGGACUUGGGGGAAGAUCUGCAAUAGAACAGCGGAGUAUGUCAAUUAACCUGCCAAUGUCCUGUCUAGAUUCUAUAGCACUAGGAUUCAGCUUUGGCCGUGCUCAGGAUCUUUCUCCCCUCGCUUCAGAUAUUCUAACAAACACUAGUGGGAGCAUGGAUGAAGGUGAUGAUUACUUGCCAGCAACCACCCCGGCAUUAGAGAGAGCCCCUUGUUUCCCUAUAGAUAGCACAGAGGAAGAUGAAAACGAUGAGGAAGAAAAAGCAAUGGAAGAAGAAAAUAUUCAGGUUGAAUCCUUGUGUGAGUCACCCUUCCUGGCUAAGGAUUAUUACAAAAAUGGGGCUGUAAUGGCCCCUGAUUUGCCUGAAAUGUUAGACCUAGCAGGCACAAGGUCUAGAUUAGCUUCUGUGAGUGCUGAUACAGAGGUGGCACGAAGAAAAUCGGUUCCUUCCGAUGCUGGUGUAGAAGACAGUGGUGUGUCCCUGCCUCCUGUGACUGAUGAAAACCACAUAACUCUAAAAGCUGAAAGUCAGCUAGAAGACUUAGGCUACUGUGUUUUCAAUAAGUACACAGUCCCACUACCUUCUCCAGUCCAGGACAGCGAGAGCUUAACAGGUGAAAUCUGCCCCUUUUAUGAAGGCAGGGAUGAAAAAAUGAGAAGAGGACUGGCAGCUGACCUCUCUUUGAUAGAAGUGAAGUUGGCAGCAGCUGAAAAGUCGAAAGAAGAAUUCAGCAGUGAAAAAGACUUGAGUCCAAACAUCUCCAGUGACAUAACGGUUCUGGGAAGGGAGUUUGAGCAGGAGAAAAAAGGCUCUGAUAAGCUAGAUACCGUGCUAGAAAAAAGUGAGGAACAAGUUGAUUCCAAAGAAAUCCAUUCCCUUGAAGAUACAAAACAUGAGAAAAAAAGGCCUGAUGCAAUUUUAGAAAUGAAAGAAGAAAGUACAGUUGAUAAACUUCAUGUAGCUGGGCCAGAGAGUGAUACUGCAAAUGACAAAGCAUUAGAAAAAGAGGUAACAAAAGAAAAAGAUCUUGUUUCUUUACUGACUCAGAAGGAGGAAAAGUCUCUUAGCAUUAUACCAAAGGUAGCUGAGAUAGAAACACCACACAGGCCAGACUACAAUGCUAUAAAACACGAUAUGGAUGUUGCUGCCAGGAAAGCUGACCAAGAAUACCAGACUCAGCUGCAUACUGAGAUCAGUGAGUUUGCUGCAACUGGUUCAAAGCAGGACACAGAUUCUGUAGAAAAAGCAGAGCCUGAAGCCCAAGAAGCUCAGCAGCAGCAAAAGGACCAGGCCUCUUUGCCCAAAGAACCAAAGGAGGCAGAUGUUCUUUCAAGAACUGAGCCUAGUCAAAUGAAGGACAGCACCAAACUAUCUGAGUCUGAAAUUAAGGAGAAAGUGCCUAAGCCUGAUCUGGUGCAUCAGGAAGCAGUAGAUAAAGAAGAAUCUUACGAGUCUAGCGGAGAACAUGAUCAAAUCCAAGAAGACUUAAAUGGAGAAUCUUUGAAACCUGAUGAUGGCAAAAUAGAACCUCAGAAACCACCUGUAUCAGAAGAAGAGAUUACGUCACAAUUGCCAGUGGAAGAACCUUCCAUCGAGCUUGCCAUUUCAAAAGCUGAUUCUGUACAAGAAGAGACAGCCGACAUCCAAAUGGAGAGCAUAUCACAGUCUAAAGAAGAAAUUAAAGAGACGACUCCAGACAUAGCUGUGAGGCCCGCAGAAACCACGGAGCAGCUACUGUGUGAUUUAACUCCUGAGUGUGUAGAAGGCAAAGAGCAUGAAGAAGAAGAUGAUGAUGAUAAGCAUCAACUCAUGUCAGACAUGCACCAAGAAAUAGAGUUGGAGGCGCCUGCUGGAGAAGAAACAUCGACUGAGGCUGGCCCAGAGGAAAUGCCUGAACUGAAAGGGGUUAUUGAGUCUGUUGUGACAAUUGAGGACGACUUCAUCACGGUGGUGCAGAUGACUGUGGAUGAGAGUGAAUCUGCCUCUCACAGCGUGCGCUUUGCUGCUGCACAGCAGGAAGAAAUGGAAAGAAGGGACUCCCUGCCUGAAGAGGAAGUGGAGAUGGAGAUGGAGGAACCCGCUGACAUCCAGGCAGAGCCCAAAGAGAGCUCGCUGGAAGCUCCCUCUUCACCCGAGAAGGAGGAGAUCCUGCUAACCGAUUACAAGACAGAGACAUAUGAUGAUUACAAAGAUGAAACAACUAUCGAUGACUCCGUCAUGGACACAGACAGCCUGUGGGCGGAUACUCAAGAUGAUGAUAGGAGCAUCAUGACAGAGCAGUUAGAGACUGUUCCUAAAGAGGAGAAAGCAGAGAGAGAAUUGCGAAGAUCAUCUCUCGAUAAGCAUAAAAAAGAGAAACCUUUUAAAACUGGGAGAGGCAGGAUUUCUACUCCUGAAAGAAAAAUAGCUAAAAAGGAACCUAGCACACUCUCCAGAGAGGAAGUGAGAAGGAAAAAAGCAGUGUAUAAGAAAGCUGAACUUGCUAAAAAAUCUGAAGUUCAGGCCCACUCUCCCUCCAGGAAAAUCAUUUUAAAACCUGCUAUCAAAUAUACUAGACCAACUCAUCUCUCCUGUGUUAAACGGAAGCAGACAGCGGCAGGUGGUGAAACAAACCAGGCUCCAGGUGUAUUUAAACAAGCAAAGGAAAAACUUUCAACUUCCUCUUUGUCAAAGAUUCCUGCCUCAAAGUCUAGAGUGAAGUCAUUGCUUCCUCCAAGACCCAGCUCCGCUUGCUCACUAACUACUAAAAGGGCUACUUUUCUCGAUACAGACAGUUACUUUGUACGGCCCUCCUCGGCGGGCCCAAGAGACUGCUUUCCAUACUCAAAAUCAGAUGCUAAGGAUGGAAUAACCAAGAGUCCAGAAAAGCGUUCCUCUCUACCAAGACCUUCUUCCAUCCUCCCCACUCGGAGAGGUGUAUCAGGAGACCGAGACAGAGAUGAGAAUUCUUUCUCCCUCAAUAGCUCCAUCUCCUCUUCAGUACGACGGACUACCCGAUCGGAGCCAAUUCGCAGCAGGACAGGAAAGAGUGGCACUUCUACACCCACUACCCCUGGAUCCACUGCCAUCACUCCUGGUACCCCACCCAGCUACUCCUCCCGUACCCCAGGCACUCCUGGGACCCCAAGCUAUUCCAGAACCCCUCAUACUCCAGGCACUCCCAAGUCUGCUAUAUUGGUGCCCACUGAGAAGAAAGUCGCCAUCAUACGCACACCUCCAAAAUCUCCAGCCACACCUAAGCAACUACGACUUAUUAACCAGCCUCUGCCGGACCUCAAGAAUGUCAGGUCCAAAAUUGGAUCGACAGACAACAUCCGGUACCAGCCGAAAGGGGGACAGAGCAUGAUGCCAAUUGACCUCAAUGGGAGCAGGAGCAGGCUAAGAGAGCGCACUGCAGAUGAAAGCUUUAAUCUUCUUCUGUGUGAAACAAUUGAAGUUAGAAUUUUAAACAAGAAGAUCGAUUUUAGCGAUAUUCAGUCCAGAUGUGGUUCCAAGGAUAACAUCAAACAUUCUGCAGGGGGAGGAAAUAUACAAAUUGUAACCAAGAAAAUAGAUCUGAGCCAUGUCACUUCCAAAUGUGGCUCCCUGAAGAACAUCCGUCACAGACCAGGUGGGGGACGUGUGAAAAUUGAGAGUGUGAAACUGGAUUUCAAAGAAAAAGCUCACGCUAAAGUUGGUUCCCUUGAAAAUGCCCACCAUACACCUGGAGGUGGCAAUAUCAAGAUUGACAGCCAGAAGCUAAACUUCAGAGAGCAUGCUAAAGCCCGUGUCGAUCACGGGGCUGAGAUCAUUACGCAGUCACCAGGCAGGUCCAGCGUGCCUUCACCGCGCAGACUCAGCAACGUCUCAUCCUCUGGAAGCAUCAACCUGCUGGAAUCCCCUCAGCUUGCUACCCUCGCUGAAGAUGUCACGGCCGCCCUUGCUAAGCAGGGCUUAUGAAUUUGCUCCAUUUAGCAGUGUAUGAAGUAAUAAUAUUUAGACAUGAGCUCUUGGCAGGAAUGGGCUCAGAGCAGGUGUUACAUUCAUUCUUUACCAUGUCUAAAAUUAAGUCACAUCCCAAGACUGUAGCAACCAUACAAUAAAAAAAAACCCAAAAUAAUUAAAUAGA